CGAGCCAGAAUAAACGGCUCGUCGGAUAUCUACAUGAAAACUGGCAGUCUUCUCACGCUCACUUGCCUGAUGUCUCAAGGACCUCACGAUCUGGGCACAGUAGCUUGGCACCAUGGUAAUCAGCCAGUGGUAACGUCGCCCCAUUCCGAGAAUGACGUGAACGGCGAGCCUCGUAUCACAGUUGAAACUGAAUGGAGCGACGCCCUCACGUCAAGAUUGAGGAUCGCUCAUUUAAAGCCAAGCGACUCUGGGAACUACAGUUGCGUGCCCACUGUGGCGGCGAGGGCCACCGUCAACGUGCACGUUAUUAAUGAAGAGCAUCCAGCUGCAAUGCAGCACGGGAACACGGCAGCAGGCUCGCCAACAUCGAAGACAGUCCUCGUAAUGCUCGCUUUCUUUUUGGGUCAAUUGAGAUAA